AUGCAAAUGAGCCACUGCUCAUCCGAUCCUUGCGGGCUACUUGCAAGCGUUCCAGCUGCAAAUGACUCUCUGGCGGAGUUUGUAUACGUGCUAGGCAGUGAAGAUGAGAAAGCAGACGACGAGCACGACUUCAACAUAUCCGCCGACGCUGUGGCCUGUGGGAACGGUGAGACAGAAUCCAACAACGAAGAAACAAAGGAGGAAGCCACCUCCAUAGAUGCGUUCCAGGCCCCGCAGAGCGAGCGGAAACGCAAGAGAUGCAUGAAACGCGGCCGCAGGAAAGAAUCCACCACCGAAGCGGCAGAUUUGCAGGAGGAAGAGAGAGAUGAUUUUGAGAAAGACAAAGGCGGACGUAGGAGGUCGAAGGGAGGGAACGUUCCGUGCGGCGGCGUAUUGGAUGGCAACGACUUGCCCGACCACGUGCACAAGAGGAGGACGGUGACCAGAAUGUACAAAAAGGUCACGCCGACCAACAGCGCCACCUACACUCAGCCCGACCAGACGCGCCGGGAGGAGACCAUUGCGAGGAUUGUGGAAAUGAAACUGGGCAUUGAAGGCUUCUGUUUGUGUUGCGGGAGCGACAACGUGGAGAUCUUCCACCCGCUCUUCAAGGGAGGUCUCUGCUUGCGGUGCAAACACAACUUCACCGAGACGUUGUAUCGCUACGACGAUGACGGCUAUCAGUCCUACUGCACCAUCUGCUGCUACGGCCUGGAGGUCAUCCUGUGCGGUAACGACGGCUGCUGCAGAUCCUACUGCAACGACUGCCUCAACAUUCUGGUGGGCCGCGGCACCUUUGACGCGCUCAAGGAUCUGGACCCGUGGAUUUGCUACCUGUGUCAGGACCACCGAGCCCACCGCGCCCUCCUUCCCAGAGAGGACUGGAGCAUUCGUGUCCAGCAGUUUUUUGCCAACAACAGCGCUAUGGAGUUUGAGCCCCACCGCGUUUACCCAUCCAUCCCCACUAACCUUCGAAGACCCAUCCGAGUUCUCUCACUUUUUGACGGCAUCGCAACAGGGUACCAGGUGUUGAAGGACCUCGGCUUGAAGAUCCACACGUACGUGGCCUCGGAGAUUUGUGAGGAUUCCAUCGCGGUCGGGGUCGUCAACCACGAUGGGAAGAUAAUCCACGUUGGUGACGCCCGCGACAUCACCAAGGAAUUUUUGGGGAAGUGGGGUCCUAUUGACCUGCUGAUUGGUGGAAGCCCCUGUAAUGACCUCUCCAUUGUGAACCCUAUCAGAAAAGGACUCUACGAGGGUUCGGGCAGGCUCUUCUUCGACUUCUACCGCAUCCUGCAGAUGCUCAAGCCCAAAGAAGAAGACCACCGGCCGUUCUUCUGGCUCUUCGAGAACGUCGUCUUCAUGAACACGCACGACAAAGUCAACAUCUGUCGCUUCCUCGAGUGCAACCCGGUUCUGGUGGACGCCGUCAGAGUGAGCCCCGCCCACAGAGCGCGUUACUUCUGGGGGAACAUUCCUGGAAUGAGCAGGCCCAUCACAGCCUGGCAGAGUGACAAGUUGAAUCUGCAGGACUGUUUGGAGGUCGGCAGGGAAGCCAGGGUCACCAAAGUGAGAACCAUCACCACAAACCCAAACUCGCUGAAGCAGGGAAAAAACGUCUCGCUACUUCCAGUCCUCCAUCAAGGCAAAGAAGACAACCUCUGGAUCACCGAACUUGAAAAGAUCUUCGGCUUUCCCAAACAUUACACGGACGUGAGGAACAUGAACCGACUGCAGAGGCAGAAGGUGCUGGGUAAGGCGUGGAGCGUUCCCGUCGUCCGACACCUCUUCGCCCCGCUCAAGGACUACUUUGCCUGCGAGGAGCUCACCCCCUCCAGCCCAGCCGCUGUGACAGCGUACGCGCAGCAGCUCGGCUAG